AUGCAAUUCUUCGGUCUUCAAGUCGCUUCCGUCCUCUCCCUCUUUUCCACUCUGGCAUCAUGUGCCACUGAGCCACAUAUGGUCAGCGUUGGUAAAGAUGGGUUGAAAAUGACCCCUUCUACGCUGAACGUCGCGGUUGGCGACAAAGUCACCUUCAAGUUCUUCCCCAAGACACACUCUGUUGCUCGAGGUAGCUUCAAUGACCCAUGCAAACCUCUCAGCGAAACCUCCUUCUUCAGCGGCGGAUUCAACACCACCGAUGCCAACGGAAACGCAACAACCUUCACCAUUACCAUCGAAGACACGCUACCAAUUUACUACUACUGUGUGUUCCCAACACACUGUGGAAAAGGAAUGGUUGGCAUCAUCAACCCAAAUGCCGAUGGCUCCCAGAGUCUAUCGGAGUACAUUGCCAAUGCUGCAAACAAGACCACCGUUCCAUCUCCCAAAGUUCAAGGCGGCGUCUUGAGCACACCAGAUAUGCCUAACAUGAGCACAAUGUCUGAUCAUUCUUCUACUUCACCAACCGCCACCAGCAGUCAUGGCAGUAUGCAUAGUGGAAGCAUGACUGCAACGAGCACUGGCACCAGCUCGGCUUCUGCUACCAGUAGAGGCAAUGUCAACAGUGCUGCUGUACCGGGUGCUACCCCACCAUUUUCCUCGCAAUGGUUUGUCAUUGGAUUUGUUGGACUCUCUUCGGUCCUCGUUGAUGGCUUGAUGCUUUAG